ACUUAGCAAAGCUAUAGUUUGAUUAGGACAUCUGUGGAUGGCGCCUGCCCUUGAGAGGUUAUACAGGAAUUUGAAGGCACGAAUGUGAUUGUGGUUGGAGUCUGCUUUAGCUUCGUCUGUAGAAACAUGGUGCACAAUAUUGAACACAUACGUAUGUGUUUGUUGUUCAUUAAUCGGCAGGGUUGCUUUAAACCUGGAUGGAAUCAAGGAAUCAUCCAAAGUUAAUCUGACUCACUGGACUUAAAACGGUUUCCAAAUCCCGGAUGCUUAUAUAAUCAGUUGGAAAUUAAUUAGAGAAUCACAGAAGAGGAGAAGAUUUGUUAAUGUUGUUUUCUUUUCUGGGUCAGCAAUGAAUUUUGACAAGAGUGUUAGUCUAUCUCUUAUAGUGAAGCGAUUAACCCAAUUACAAGAUCAUAUAGUGAAAGAGAUUGACAUGGCCGAUAGCGGAAGCCUCGAUCCCAGUUCGUUCAAACGCCUUUCGCCUUCUCGAUUCAUCUCCUUCUCUUUUCCAAACCCUAGCCAAGGUCCCUACUCUGAUGUCCUUCGAAUCGCUGUCCUCGAUUCGCCUCUCCUGCCCUCGCUCCCGCCGCCCAAAGUCGCCGCUAUGCUGGUCCCCAUUGGCCGUGAGUCAGAUUGGAUCUUCUGCACUGCCGCCGGCCACCUCCAGCUCCCUCCUCACCUCCUCCUCCCAGGACCUGUUCUAUCUCGUUUAAUUUUUCAUUGGAAAAAUUUCCAAAUUUUUAGUUGUCCUCCAAUGUCCUACACUCGACCUCAAUCAGAACCUGACCUCUGCUCGCUCCAACAUUUCCAAGAGGCGCUGUUUCCUCUCCUCCUCGCUCUCUGCCCCAAGGCCGCAUUCAAGAAUGGGGUCCCUGAGAUCCCUUUUCUUUCCUACGAGGACAACGUGGUCCGGAGCGUUCUGGUUGACAGAAUCGAAGGUCCUGUAUCUGGAGAGAUGCUUGUGGAGGAUGUGGAGAUUGAUGUGUCUCCGGUGCCAGAGCUUCGGAGACGAUUGCGGUUCAAAAUGAUGCCAAAUUUGGUACAAACUCAGGUGAGACUCAUCCCUGAUCCUUCAAAAGAUGGUACCAUCGGCCCUCAAAAGGGUUCUUUGGUGCAGCCCUAUCUGGCGCCUAUGGUGGCCGGUCUCUCACUGGUAGCUCCUUUCCUAGAAGAGAAAAUCAAGUUAGGUUUGAGGCCACGGGCUCUUUGCCUUGGUGUUGGUGGAGGGACAUUGCCUAUGUUUUUGAAAUCAAAAUUAGACUUUGACAUACUGGGAGUUGAGGCUGAUCCGGUAGUUCUCAACAUUGCAAGGCAGCAUUUUGGUCUUGUUGAAGGUGAGUUCCUUCAUGUUCACAUCGGUGAUGCAAUUGGCUUUAUAAAGAAUGUUGCCCAGCAAGAAGAUACUCUAAGACGAGGCUUGGAAAGGAUGUCAGAUCUAGUGGAAGGGUCUAGGAUUGAUUUUGAUGUUAUCAUGGUGGAUUUAGAUGCUGGUGAUGCUGUGAAUGGUGCGAGCGCGCCACCUUCAGAGUUCGUCCAGAGGAGUGUUCUUUUAGCUGCAAAGAUGGUUCUUCAUGACCGUGGAAUUAUAGUCAUUAAUGUAAUUCCUCAAAGCAAGGCGUUUUACAGUGAGUUGAUUCAUGAUUUUCGUGAAGUUUUUGCUGAAUUAUAUGAGAUUGAGGUGGGAAAUGGUGAGAAUUAUGUUCUUGUUGCCACUGUCACAAAUGUUCAAUUGAGUCGGAGUGGGAGUUGUGGCUCUUGGCUUCAAAAGCUGAAGCUUGUCAUAGGCGAAAAACAUAUGAAUUCUAUCAAUAAAAUAUGAUUUGCCGCAAGCAAUAUAUUGCCCAAUGUUCCUCAUGUCUUGUCUCUUUAUCCUCAUGAGUUUGUGAAACCAACAGAGAAUUCAGCAUAGGGCAACCAGUGUGAUUGAUGCAUGCUUACUGCAUGUUGAUCAAGGGAGCUCACCAGCUGGUACAGGUUAGAAUUCUUUUCCUCUACAAUAACCACAACCAAAUCUGAGAAGGUAUUGUGGGAAGGCCUGAGAGAUCUAAUCUGCAUGAUGUGCAUUGGAGUUACAAACAUGACAUCUAAUGACUUUGUUAAUUAGUUGUAAAAGCGGAAGAAACCCUGGGAAGUUAUUGGUGCAAUGCAAUUGCUUGGAGAUCUAGACUGCCGAAUAAAAUAUCAGAACUAGCUGAGAGACUUUUUCUAUAUGUACUUUGGUUCUGAAAUUUUCUACAGAGUCUUUUGGGCAUGUGCUAUGUUAUGCAGUGCCAUAUUAACACUUAUAAUUAAGGUGACAUGUCCUUUGCUUGUACUUCUGUGAUCUUAAGCUGAUAUUAAUAUUUUAUCCUACCAGGUUAGCUAGUUUUUACUCUUGAAUAUAUUCA